AUGGAGCCGGCGGUCACCAGCAUCCAGGUGCUGCUACAGGCGGCCGAGUUCCUGGAGCGGCGGGAGCGCGGGGCGGCCGGGUCCCGGUGCCGGCCGGGCCUAGCCGAAGCCGAGCACGGCUACGCCUCGCUCUGCCCCGCGCGGUCCCGCCGGCCCUUGGGCAGCGUCCGGUCGGUGCACAACGCGCUGGAGAAGCACAGGAGAGCCCAGCUCCGGUGCUGCCUGGAACGACUGAAGCAGCAGGUGCCAGUGGGCACGGGGUCGGCUCGUUCCACCACCCUGAACCUCCUACACCGUGCCCGGCUUCACAUCCAGAGACUGGAAGAACAGGAUCUGAGGGCACGGAAGGCUAAGGACCGGCUACAUAACCGGCAGCGGAGCCUGCGGCAGCGACUAGAACAACUUCUCUCGUCUGCCGGUGCUGGGGAACGGACGCGGGCUGACAGCUUAGACUCGUUCCAGCUCUCGGAGCCCUCUGAGGGAGAGGAUGACGAGAUAGAGGUGGCUGGUGCAGUAUUCGGUGGGGACCUGCUGCCCAAUUUCGGCACCGGGAGGGACCACAGCUACUCCAGUUCCCGCAGCCUCGCAUCCUGA